AUGUCCCAAAUGAUGAGUAAUGCAGGUAGUAAUCACCGAAAAAACAGUUCGAGUACUUCAUACAUAUCGGAUGACGUCAUCAACCUUUCCGAAAAUUAUACAACAGAUUUGUCACAAAAAUUAUCACAUGACAAUACUUGGAAAGAAUCUGACGAUAGACUUGCGAUUAUUGCAGAAAGGAUUUUGAAUACUUUAAAUGACAUUUGGAACAAUCAAGCAUUUGGGUCUGAGUUUGCCAAUUCAUUAAAUGAAGGCACUUACGUUUCGAACGUGAUUCUACCUGUCAUCCGAGCAACAUUGCAAGAUCUUCCUUUCGGUAAAUCUACAUUUAUCAGCAAUUUCGAAAAACAAAGUGAUGCCAGUGCUGAUCAGAAACGAAGUGGCCAAAGACCAGAUGUUAUGUUUGUCAUGAAACACAGAGAAAGAAAUUAUGAGCUUUUAUACAUUGAAUGUUCACGUCUAAUUUGUACGAAACAAAAAGAACAAGAUGAUGAAAUAAAGCUUUGGCGAGAGGCUAACGAUAGGAUGUAUUAUGUACGUAAGAGAUGUAAGCCCGACAAAGAUGAAUUUGGUAUUGUGGGGGUUCAGGUUGCUGCCAAGGUGCCCAUACAACGGUCAGAUUCUGCCAUCACCAGCUCGAUUAUUAGAAAAGAGCUCAACAGUCACAUCUCCACGAAGUUAGCCUCACUA